AUGAGACUGCGCAGCAUCACAAAGCACGCCCGUGUCAACCGCAGCACUCAGCUGGCCUGUGACUUCGGCAAUUACCGAUAUGAGGCUUUGUCCUCGCCCACUUGCAUACGUUUGCUGGAGCUGCUGCCAUAUGCACAUGGAUAUCGCCUGCGUUGUGCAUUGAAGACGUUUGAACUACAGUAUGCGCCUCCUUUCAAGGCUCUGUCUUACACUUGGGGUCCAGCCCAGACAGUCAUCGGAAAACCGCGAACACAGAGGGGAAGGAAGGCGCGAUCAAACCUGACUGAGGAGGCAGCUACGGCCCGCCGUCAUCCUAUCAUCUGUGAUGGACAGCUUAUAAAUAUCACCGACACUCUCCGGGAUGCACUGGCAAUGCUCGCAAAUGCCAUCAACUUGCCGCAGAUGCCCAAGAUUCCAAGCUACUACUGGGUUGACAGCUUGUGCGUUGAUCAACAGAACAUUGGCGAAAGAAACACUCAAGUCGCCCAAAUGGCGGAUGUGUUCAGGAGAGCAGAAGGUGUUGUGGUAUGGCUGGGUAAAGAGGAUGAGUAUAUAGAGGACGCCAUUACUACCAUGCAAAGGAUAUCGACCAUUCCUGAAAGUGACUGGCGACUAGUACCUUAUACAUCCUUCUACAACCCGAAAGAUAGCGACUUGAUAAGGGCUACAAAACUUACCUAUUACAACUGGCUAGGCUUCAUAGUUCUUCUCAACCGUCCGUGGUUUAGGAGGGCAUGGGUGGUGCAAGAGAUUGCGCUUGGCAAAUCUGCUAUUGUCGUGUGCGGUAGCAAAGUCUUCACUUGGGACAUGCUGUCCAAAACCUUGUCGUUUGUAAAAGCUACAAGAUGGUAUCAUCAUCUCUCUACAGAGAAGCUGAGACACUUGAGAGAGCUGCGGAAGCAUCCAGGCAUCUACAAGCAAGUUCUUAAAUCACAGCUAUCGGUCAAUAUUAGUUCUCUCUUUCUCAAUGAGACUCGGCUUACAAUAUCUGCAUUGGACGAGAAGAAUACCGGCCCAGUCCGACAGCCUCCUUUUACGAAUCUGCUGAGCAAACAUCGUUUCACUGAGUCGACGGACCCUCGAGACAAAGUAUACGCUUUUCUCGGCCUGGCCAACAGAAACAUGGCUCCUUUCCAUAUGCUCCCCAAAGCACUUGUACCAAACUACAAUCUCAGCGUACAGGAAGUUUUCACAGAAGCAGCGACUGUCUUGAUGUUCUCCUACAAAAACCUUUCCUGGCUGUCGCAUGUCGAAGACUCCUCGCAAAGAAAGAUACCGGGACUUCCCUCCUGGGUGCCCGAUCUUAGUGUGCCGCUCGAUCCCUACUCUUUGAGUUACCGUGGUCCUGGCCAUUGGAGAGCAGCUAGCCACUGUGCCUGGCGCCCGGAUAUCGCUAGUAUGGAGAGGGGCCUGCUCAAAGUUGUGGGCUAUCAUUUGGAUCGUAUUGACCAGACAUCGAUACUUUUAAACGAGUCAGCAGAUUCAUCGGCGACAUGGGCUAGUAUAGUAAAGCUUGCGCUUGCACUCAAGCUGCCGUAUCCGGAUCCAGGAAAAAGCGGGAAAAAGCCAUCUCGUGUCGAGGUACUUUGGCGGACGCUAACAACCGACAUCUACAACCAUACCUAUCCCGCUCCCCCAGAAACAGGAUCCUUGUUCUUAGAAUACAUCCUCAACCUGCAGAUUCGCCAUAGGCUCACCCCAUGGUCUAGCGCCGAUGAAUUCCAACCUCAUCACUCGCCGUUGUCGGACCUGGUAUACCCGGAAUGGCGUAAGCUUCUCGAACUCGAGCCGCCAGACUCUUCUUACUGCCUGGAUCUAUAUAUUAAACGUCUGGCUGUUGUGGUGGAAAGUAUGUUCAACGGCACGUACUCGCCCAUCGGACUGGCGCAACUACAACAUGAGCUUGAUCAGAGCACGGGGAAACAGCGCCGACUGUUCAAGACAAGUAGAGGCUUCAUGGGUACGGGUGCACGAUCGUUGCGCGCAGGUGAUGAAGUGUGGGUGCUACACCGUGGUAGUCUUCCUUUUGUCCUUCGUCCGCUUCCGAAUGGUCGAUACCGUCUUAUCGGCGAGUCGUUUGUGUACGGCGUCAUGCAUGGUGAAGUGUUACAAAUGGGUCUUCCGCGAGAGAAUAUUGUUAUUCAGUAG